GCAAACACAACAAAGACAACGCAAAAAUUUUAAUUGCUAAAAAAUCGAAUUCAAUCUACUCCGAAGCACUACGCAGUCCCAUCUGCCUGUGUACUUGUGAUUGUGUGUGUUUUUUCCGUGUAUUUCCGCUGGUGAGAAAGUGCAAUAUAUCUGGAAAUAAAAGGCGCGAGUGAAAGUGUUGUAUCCCCCAAAGCCCAGAGGUAUUAAUAUAACAGAUACAUAUAAAGAUAUAAUCAGCAAAAGGAAGAAUCAGCCACAACAAUGACCACAUAUCAAAUGAAUUUCAAUCAGGACUUUACCUCCCUGUCCGUGUUGAGUGCCACCGGUUUGAGACUCUACUCGAUUGCCGGACAGGAUAAGGUGGAGGAGAUCUUUGCCAAGGACAAUACAGAGCAAAUAAGGAUCGUGGAGCGACUGUUCAACAGCUCGCUGGUGGUGCUGGUCACCUCCCAGAAACCAAAUUGCCUCAAGAUGCUGCACUUCAAGAAGAAGCAGGACAUCUGCAACUGCUUCUACCCGUCGGAGAUCCUGUGCGUGCGCAUGAAUCGCCAGCGAUUGAUUGUCUGCCUGGCGGAGAGCAUACACAUCCACGACAUACGCGACAUGAAGAUCCUGCAUUCCAUCGAGAACAUUGCCCCCAACGAGCAGGGGCUCUGCGCCCUGUCCCUUAACUCACAUUUGGCCUUUCCCGUCUGCCAGACCAGCGGAGAGCUGCGCAUUUUCAAUGCGAGUAAGCUGAGGACUGGGAUGACCAUCAAGGCCCAUGACACGCCCCUCUCCGCGUUGACAUUCUCGCCCAGUGGGGCGCUGCUGGCCACCGCCUCGGAGCGUGGCACUGUGAUACGUGUCUUCUGUGUUAAGAAUGGGCAGAGGGUUCAGGAGUUUCGGCGUGGAGUGAGCUGUGUGCGAAUUGCCUCGCUGGUCUUUGCUGCAAGCGGGGAUUUUCUGUGCGCCUCCUCCAACACGGAGACGGUACACAUCUUCAAGAUUGAUGCACGAGCCGUGGAGUCUGUGGAACUGAAGGCAAUUGCUGAAGUGGCUGCCAAGUCGGACAGCGCCUCCAAGGAGUCUACAGCCACGGCUGCACCAACCACAGAAGAGGCCAGUGCCGCGCCCGUUGCCAGUUGGGGUGGCAUGUUCUCCAAGGCAGUGUCCUCGCUGCUGCACUCGACGCAAGUCAGCGAUGUCCUGGCCCAAGAUCGAUCCUUUGCCACAGUGGUGCUCGCCCAGGCGGGACUCAAGCACAUCUGUGCACUGACGCGAGUGCAGAAGGAGCUGCGACUGCUGAUUGCCUGCGAGGAUGGUUUCCUCUAUGUGCACGAGUUCAAUGCAGAGCGAGGUGGUUCCUGCAAGCUACUGGCGGUUCAUGAUCUGCGGGGCGCCCUGGAGGAUGUCAUCGAGCUGCAGCUGAGCGAGAGUGUGCUGCGGAUGCAGGCCAAGCCAGUGACCACGCCGCAAUCGUUGACGCUGUUGAAGAGCUGUGCGGCCAGUGUGCUCAUUGAGAAUCCCGAUCCCAUGCCGGAUAAUAGCUAUGCGAGCAUACUCAGGGGAGAUCAGGCGGAUGCCAUGUCAGAUUCCGCCAAAUUCCGUAAACUCUGCGAUGCUAUCGACACGCCAACGAAGCUCUACGAUGAGCGGCAAUUUCCGCCCGUAGCCAUUGCGGCCAAAGAUUGACCAGGACGGCGCAGCUCCAUAGACAUGGUCUUUGUUGAAAAACCAUAGGAAAAUCAAAACCCAAAAAAA